ACUUACUCCAAACGGCCACCGGUUCUUAAAUUGUUUUGUUAAUAUCUGUGAAAAUCUGAAAAUCGACCCUUCCCUUGAGCUUUUCCUCCACAUGUACGAAGUCUUGCCCGGGACUAGUAACUGCCCGGGCUUCGUCUAUUUUCAUUCUCGUAAUAAGAGGUCUUUUGUGACCGGUGUUCCCCCUAGCCACAAAAGAUGGAAGAAAAGAUUUGUUUUUGUUGAAUUCCCCCCUGACCAAUUUCCUUUCUCUAACCCUGAGUGGGCUGACCGGGUUAUAAAACCUGAAAGGGUUCAUCCGGAGCCCACUAAAGAUCUUGAGGACGCCUGCGAGAAACUUCUCAAGGGUGAUCCUAUGACCGGGAAACCUUAUGCCUAUGGAGGCUGGGUAUUCCGGCUACCUAAUCCAGAUGGGGGUGAAUCUGCGACCCAUGACGCAGAAGAUGACCGGGCCAACUCCCCGGAUGGUCAUGCUGAGGCCAGUUCUCCUCAUCCAGACAUGAACUUCAACAGGAUGACCACCAUCAUCGAAGAUGACGACGAUGAUGUCCAAGUCCUCCACUCCAACCGGUCUCCUCUCUCUAACCCUCCUUCUUCUCCUCACUUCCCUGGAAUGGAUGGGGCCACAAGUGCCCGGUGUAGCCCUAUCCAUGAACAGAGCCAAAAGCUGAAAUCUCCUUCAGCCAGGCAUCAUUCUGAGAGUGACCGGGCUAAUCCCCCCAAAGCCGGGGUCAUUUCAGAGGAGAUUGGCCAAACAAUAAAGGAGAAGGAUCAGGUCUCCCAACUCACCCUCCUCCUUGAUUCUGCUAAGUUAGAGAUUAAUGAUCGGGCAGAAAGGGAAAGGAGGCUUGAGGAAGAGCUGAAGGAAGAGAGGGCCAGGUUAGAGGAGGAAAGGAUCAAGCUAGAGGAAGAAAGGGCCAAGUUGGUGGAGGAGAAGAGGAAGGUGGCUGAACUGGAGGAUGCGUUGGGCCAAGCCAAGGAAUCUGCCCGGGCAAAGGAGAAGUCUUUUCCUGAUGAUGCUGCGACUUGGGCUUCUUGCCAUCACGCUGAAGUUGCCCGGUCCAUUCUCACCAAUCCGGAGGACACCAUGGACUUUUUCAAAGUCAUGUAUAAGGAACCGGAAGGGAAGAAAAUGAUAACAGAUGUCGGGUCCUAUGGGUUUUAGUGUGGCCAAAAAGAUGAAAGGUCGCUCCUCUACGCAAGGCUUCAGAAGAGGGAUCCUUAUUUCGACCCGGUUAAAAUGAAGCUCCCGGCCUUAUACAAGGAAGAGCCGCUCCCCCCUUUCCCCUAGAGUAGGUUAGGGCUUGAAUUC